UCCGAAUAUAACGUCAGUCAUGAUGAAGAUCUUGAGAUAAACGUGUUAUAUAUUUUUAGAAGAAUGCGUGAACAAUUGUUUUACUCGUUUGUAUUGAUAGUGGCGGAUCUGCUGAACGGUGGUCAAAAGUUGCAUAAAUGUUGUGAAAAGGAAGUGGUUUUUAAUAGAGGUGUGUAUUCAUGCAAGGACAGAGAUGAUAACGCAACAGGUUCUGAAGUGAUAAGGACUAAUCUGGAAUUCGAAAAAGAUGUUAAUAAUACACAGUGCAUGGAUAUUUUUGAAAAAACUGUUUCGAAGUUUAAUAAAGAAGGAUUAACAAUGUCUAAAACAGAAGAUUUGUCUGUGCUCACCAAAUGCUGCCCGGUUGAGUAUUUUUAUAAUCAAACUACAAGGUCUUGUGCAAAAUUGACAAAUAAAACCAAUUCAUUUAGGAGAGAAAUAUUAAAAAUUGGUUUACAAUGUGAAAUCAUUUUAGAUAUGAUAAUUAAUUUCAAAACAGAUGUAAUCUAUAACAAAACUCUUACCGUUUUGAAAACAGGUGAAACAUAUUUAGAAAACCAGUUUUGUUUGGACAACACAGUAGAUGGAAAGGAUGUCGUAAGACUAUGUAAAAGUUGGAGAUAUUGUAAAAGAGUUAAGUGUGUGCGGAAAUGUUGUCCAGAUGGUCAGAGUUUCGUAAACGGAUCAUUUUGUCGGGACACUUUUGUUCAUGGCGUGGAAUUUCAGAAAUACAAAGAUUUUUUUGGAGAAUUAAAAGAUGAUGUUGCAAUUAUUCAUGGCCGCCCAGGAGCAGUCUACCUAGAGCCUAACGUAUCUUCAUUUUAUUUAGACGAGCACGGAAAUUUCUACAGCAAAAAAACCGAAAGCGUUUACCCUAGGAAAGAACAUCCUUACUGUAUCGAACAUGCGACGAAAAACGGAAUAAACUACGGCCAUAAAUAUUUCGGCUUCUUAGUGGGCAAAAAUCCACCGAUGGCCUCUAAAUUUUAUUGGAACAGAGCAGCAAUGAUAUUUUCUGGGAUUUGCUUGAUCCUCACUAUUCUUUUUUAUGUAAUAUCAAGAGAAACUAAAAAGAUUUUUGGGAAGAUUUUAGUUUGCUUUUGUUUUUCGUUAUUGUUUCUUUACUCCUUUCUUGUGUAUCAUACAUUUAAUAUGAAUUUGCACUACAAGCCAACAAAAACAACUUGUAAAGUCAUUGGGUUUUUUAUCAUAUAUCUUGUCUUUUCUUGCUUCUUUUGGCUACAAGUAUUGUGUUACGAUAUUUAUUGUAAAUUGGGCGCCUCAGAUAAACCGAUGAUCAAAAUCGAAAAAAGAAAAAGAGAGUUACAUAAAUUUUUUUUAUACAAUUUAUAUGGAUGGGGAUUUCCGUUAAUUUAUACCAUUCUGUUGGUUGUUUUUCAUCUUAUAGCCAUUUUACCGGAUGAAAUACAAGUCAGUAUGGGUAAAACCAGAUGUGGCGUAGAAAAAGACAACUACGCCGAUAUAUUGUUCAGAAGCAUACCAUUGACGUUUGUGCAAAUAGUAAAUGUGAUUUUAUUCGUUAAGACAGUCGUAUAUGUUUUGCAAGUAAAAAGGGAAAUCCAGAGAAUGGUUGAAACUCCGGCAACAUUAAAGAAAAAAAGAAAAUUUAUAAAACGAAAAGAAAGAUUUGGUCUUGUAGUCAGACUAUUAUUUACGAUGGGAGUUUUUUACCUAUUUGAAGUGGUAUCUUCUUUUUUUGAUUUUAACGAUUAUGAUAUUACAUCCACUAUAGAAAUUAUUUGGGACUUUAUAAACUGUCUGCAAGGUCUAUUUAUAUUCCUUAUCUUCGUAUGCAAAAGGAGAAACUACGUACGAUUCAAGAAGUCGAGUGCCGUUGAAAGAAUAAGGAAAAUAUCUCUUUCGGCUUCGAGAAAGACAAGCUUAACCACUCUCGCUAAUGUACAGACUGGUCUUAAUAUGCAAUAUAAAUAAAUAUACUUCCGAAUUUAUU